AUGCCCCACCCCACCUCACCCCACCCCGGUGCCCAACCUCCAGUGCCCACAUCAACCCAGUACCAUCAACCCCCACUACCCACAUCAACCUCCAGUACUCUCAUCAACCUCCAGUACCCACAUCAACCUCCAGUACCCAUAUCAACCCCAGUACCCACAUCAACCCCCACUACCCACAUCAACCCUCCAGUGCCCACAUUAACCUCCAGUACCCAUAUCAACCCCAGUACCCACAUCAACCCCCACUACCCACAUCAACCCUCCAGUGCCCACAUUAACCUCCAGUACCCAUAUCAACCCCAGUACCCACAUCAACCCUCCAGUACCCACAUCAACCCCAGGCACCACAUCAACCCCCACUACCCACAUCAACCCUCCAGUGCCCACAUUAACCCUCCAGUACCAUAUCAACCUCUCAGUACCACAUCAACCCCACUGCCCACAUCAACCCUCCAGUGCUCAUGA